CCUAGUCUAUCGUGAUCCAACAAUUUAGACAUCAAAUUCAAUCUGGCAGAGCAAGGAAUCAUUUUGAAUUGCCAAUUGUCCUAUGAUAACUGAAAACCACAUACCACUAGCAAAGUCCACAAAUUUCUCUCUUUCUUGUGGCUGCAAGCUAGCAACCCAAAAAUUCAAACUCUAUAUUUGCAAUGAAUCCUCUAAAAUUUGCAAUUUUAGAUCCGCCAAACAAGGAAGUAGCUUUCAAUGUCAGAAUUUACGUGGUGAACCCCAAACCCCAAUUGCUAUAAAUCAUCAGAUUUAACAGGUUUUGAUGAAACAGAUUCAUCUGGUCUCUAAGAUAAAAUAAUAAAUAUAUUUUGAUUUUCUCAUCUUCCAAACAUCAAAACUCAACAAGGAAAGAUGACAAAGGUUGUAGCUUAUGUGUUGGUUCUUGCUUUGGUUCUUUUUGUAUCAGCCAAUUCAGUGCAUGGUGAUGAGUCCCCUACUAUCUAUGAACAAUUAGAUGAGGCUAAGGAGGAAGCCCAGGAUACAGUCAAGAAAACCGCCGAUUCUACUACCGAAAACGAACCCCAGGUGGAGGAGCAAUCCAAGAUCGCCGAAACCACCCCCUCUACAGAGGAAUCCAAGGACUCCGGAGAGACCCCCUCGACGGAAGAAUCCAAGACCCCCGAAAACACCACAUCAACGGAGGAAACCAAGACUUCCGGAAGCACCGCCCCAGCGGAGGAUUCCAAAACCCCCUCUUCGUCAUGGGGUCAAUGGGUUGUGAACAAAUUAGAGCAUAUUGGAGUAAUUUCAGAGAAAUCUAAGCCAGGCAGCUCAGCAACAGCAACAACAGAAGAAACACCUGCACCUGGACCAAGUGGUGAUUCACCCACACCUGUUUAAGAUUAUUGAUUUAAGAUAAUAAGAGUAUUAUUUUAAUAUUUUAUAUUUAUACCAAUAAUGGACUAUGUUGAACUUAAUUUCUUCUUUGUACACAAAAUUAAAUUGAUUAUUA